AUGAACAACGCAGUAACGAUCCACCUACCACGCAUCCUCUGCCUCCACGGCGGAGGCACUAACGCCGUGAUCUUCCGGAUGCAGUGCCGCGUGCUCGAAAAGCACCUUGGCCGUUCUUUUCGUCUCGUCUAUGCACAGGCUCCAUUCACCAGUACAGAACCCGGGCCAGAUGUAACGUCGGUCUACAGAAACUAUGGCCCUUUCAGAGUCUGGUUCUGUGAUCACAACAUGUCUAAAGUCCUGACAUCCCGGGAUGUCGCUAUAGCGAUCGACGCCAGUCUUACACUCGCCAUGGCUGCCGACGACGCCAAGGGGGCUACGGGCGACUGGGUUGGCCUGUUGGGCUUCAGCCAGGGCGCGAAGGCGGCAGCUAGCAUUCUUUACAGGCAGCAAAGGUGUGGAAUUACCAACUUCCGGUUCUCGAUUCUUUUUGCCGGUCGUGGACCUUUGGUGUGGCUCAUGCCUGACCUCCCCCAGCCGCACGGUCUGGUCGACGCCGCUACACCGUUCACACACCCCUCUUCUCCCUGUCUCACUAUGGGCUCUAACGAGCACAUGUUGCAGCUGCCUACAGUGCAUGUCCAUGGAUUAAGCGACCCUGGCCUGGAGAAUCACCGAGACCUACUUCGGGAUUACUGCGACCCGCUACAGGCCACACUGUUGGAGUGGGCAGGCGAUCAUCGCAUGCCAAUCAAGAGCAGAGAUGUCGAGACAGUGGUCCAACAGAUUCACCGAGUUGCAAGAGAGACAGAGACCCCGUCAGUAAUGAUGACUGGGAAAGGUUUCUAUGGAAGAUCGAUCGAGAAUGGCUUCUCGCUACAAACUUUGAGCAUGUAUAUUUGA